AUGUCGAAAGUAAUUCGAAUUGCUCGUUCUGACGAGCAGGAUGGAUUUAUAUUGAUGCAUGUGCUCACCUCGGGUUCCGGGUUACUGAACUUGACUCUCACGGCCACCGAGGGCGAAUGCCCAUACACCGCUACAAUACAGGAACGCCGUCUGAAAGACCUCCGUGCCAAGAAUUAUCAGGGCUCGGACGAGGAGUGGAUCCAAAUCAUCACCCAUGUAUUUGGACAAGAAACCACAGCUGCUAAGUUGGAAUCAUGUGCUGGCGUGGAGAUAUCUGCUAGUAUAGCAGGUACUGGUGAAGAUAAUAAAGAGAUUGUCCUUACGAUUCGUAAAAGGGUCCAAUCGAUCACGCAAAAACUUGGUGCAAUAACCCUUACCCAAGAUGAUGACCAAGCGAUCGAACUUUUCGAAUGGUCGGGCAUUGCUGCUGCCAAGGCGGAUGAAUUGAAAAGUCAGGUCGUCGACUUGGCGGGUCAACACCGUGUCGCGGAAGACACAAUACACAAAUUGAAGAAGCAACUGGAGGAGCUGACGCAGGCCAAGGUAGAGCACGAGUCCAAACUGGUGGCCAGUUUUGCUCAGCUCUUAAACGAAAAGAAACUCAAGAUACGUAACCAACAACGGCUCUUGGCAUGCGCGACAGUGAACCCUGCGAAAGUUUCGGAGAUACAAGCAACCUCCACUCAUCCCGGUGGUACCAGGGGAGAGGAACAGUCUACGAAGCGAAAUGCAGAUGAUAUGAACGACUCAGAAGAUACGACAAGUGAUGGAUUUGAAAAGAUGGAAAUCGAUCCAAAGGGGACGGUCCCUCCAGAUGACCAGGACACCGAUCAAGCCACUGAACAAGACACCGAUGACGAACAUCAAUCAAUAUCCCAAGCAUCAGAGAAAAGCGAACACACAGAGAGUGAUAACGAGCCCGAUGAGCCAGCAGAGACAGGUCACUCAACAAGAGCCUCCGAUCAAGCAGGGGGGUUAAGACGCUCUUCUCCAAAGGAAGAAGCCCCGCCGCCACGGAGAGAGUUGCCAUUUUCGAAGACAAGGUCAUCUGGAAAACCAGGACCUGCCCCUAGCCAAAAUGAGGUUGCUGAAGAAACUGGCGGAGAGACUGAUGAUGAUGAACUAUGA